GCACGUUCAUUUCAAUGCAGGCAGAGAGACCAGGAAACGGAGCACAGCACUGCAGCAACUUUCAAUAGAAUAACUAUUUUUUUCCGGACGAAAAUCGCCAAAAGUGGGCCCAGCAAUACAGCGUGGUGUCGGUGUCGGCUUCCAGCGGGGACCGACACAGCAGCGAGGUGACGCUCUGCACCUGGUCAGAGGAGGAGACGCUGUUGCUGGGCGCAGAGCACUCCACCUCCUGCCGGAGCUCCAACUGCAGGUCGGCAGCGGCAGCAGAUCUGGAUCUGAAGAUAAAGGCUGUGUGAGAGGAAACCUGACGACCAGAACAACAAACAGUCGAUAUCCUCACGACAGGGGACACAGACAGGAAGUGAAAGUCACUUGCCAGAGGAAAGGCAUCGGCGCUCGGCAUGCGAGUUUGUUUGGAUUUCCACGUGACACCGACCUCAUUGAAAACAAGAGAUACAACCCCCCGAAAUAUAACAUCAGUGCACCACGACAGUCAUGGGCAAAAAAAGCAAGAAAGAAAAGAAGGUGAAGGGAGCGGAGAAGACAGCUGCCAAGAUGGAGAAGAAAGUUUCAAAGAGGUCCAAACGAGAGGAGGAGGAUUUGGAGGCUCUGAUUGCUGAGUUUCAGAAUCUGGAUUCAAAGAAGACCAUAGUAGUAGAGACAACAUGUCCACCUCCAUCAGCGAGAUUGAGUGCGUCUCUCUCUGGCCAUCCGGAGAAAGAUGAACUCAUCCUGUUUGGAGGAGAAUUCUUCAACGGAAAGAAGACGUACCUGUACAACGAUCUGUUUUUCUACAGCAUCAAGAAGAACAGCUGGGUGAAAUCAGACAUCCCCAACCCUCCUCCGCCUCGCUGCUCUCACCAGGCGGUGGUAGUUCCCCAGGGUGGGGGUCAGCUCUGGGUGUUUGGGGGAGAGUUCGCCUCUCCAAACGGGGAGCAGUUCUACCACUACAAGGACCUCUGGGUGCUGCACCUGGCCACGCACACGUGGGAGAACAUCAAGGUGCCUGGUGGUCCACCGGGUCGCAGCGGCCACCGCAUGGUCCUCAGCAAGAAACAGCUGCUGGUGUUUGGAGGUUUCCACGAGAGCAACAGGGAUUUUAUCUACUACAACGACGUCUACUCCUUCUCCCUGGACACCUUCUCCUGGUCACGCCUCGCUCCAUCAGGCUCCUUCCCCUCCCCACGCUCUGCCUCUCAGAUGACCUCCACGCCCGACGGCAUGGGCGUCGUCAUCUACGGGGGAUACUCCAAAGUGCGAGUCAAGAAGGACGUAGAGAAGGGGACCAUCCACUCCGACAUGUUCCUUCUCAAGCGAGAGGGUAAAGAAGGCCAAGAGAAGUGGUCGUGGUCCAGGGUGAGCCCCUCUGGGAACAAGCCCACUCCCCGCUCUGGUUUCUCGGGGUCGGCGGGCCCGGCGGGGCGGGCGGUGCUGUUCGGCGGGGUUUGCGACGAGGAAGAGGAGGAGACGCUGGAGGGCGACUUCUACAACGACCUCUACCUGUAUGACACGGUGAAGAGCCGCUGGUUCCCUGGACUGCUCAGGGGAAACAAGUCGGAGAAGAAGAAACGGAGACGGGGGAAGAAGGGUGGAGCAGAGGGGGAGGGAGCAGACGGGAAGGAGGAGGAGGAGGGGGCACCGCAAGGACCCACUGAGGUCAUCAAGGAGAUUGUCACCGAGGACGGCACAGUGAUGACCAUCAAGGAAGUGAUCCCUGGAGCUCAGGAGGACGAGGAUGAUGAAGAGGAAGAAGAGGAGGAGGAGGGCGAUGCCUCGGCCCCCCUGGUGGAGCCCUGCGCGAGGUCCAGCGCCAUGGCAACUGUGCGUCAGGGCAAGCUCUUCCUGUACGGAGGGAUGUUCGAGGUCGGCGACCGCCAGUUCACCCUGAACGACUUCUACUCUCUGGACCUCAACAAGAUGGACCAGUGGGAGGUUCUGGUGGAAAUGGACCCAAAGACACAGGAGUGGCUGGAGGAGUCUGAGUCAGAAGAAGAAGAAGAAGAUGAAGAGGAGGAGGAGGAGGCAAAAGGAGCAGAAGAGGAGAAGGAGGCAAAAGGAGCAGCAGCAGCAGCAGAAGAGGAGGAGGAGGAGGAGUCCGAAGAGGAGGAUGAGGAUGAUGAAGAGCAGCACCCCGCAGUGCAGGAGGGAGAGACGGUGACGGACUACCAGACCCGCACGGAGCAGUACUGGAUCGGACUGGCACGGGUCAACAUGGGCCCCGACGCCAAGGACAAGAAGGUCGUCAAGGUUGCCCUCGCCAUGGCCAAAGUCUUCUUUGAAGACCAAUAGUGGGAUACUCCAAAGUGUGUGUGUGUGUGUGUGUGUGACUGUGUGUGUAAAAUAGUGUCUUAAAAUUACCUUUUUUAAAACAUGUCCUUUGUGCUGCAAAUAUUCAGUAAUGCAAAUUGAUUUUUUUUUAAUGACGUUAACUGAAAACAACAUUUAGUUUUCUCCCACUGAUCAAAUAAAAUGUUAACACAUGGACUGUUUUCUGUUUAUGAAUUUAUCGUUACAUUAGAUCGAAGAUUGUGGUUUCAUUCAUUUUGAAUAAAAUAACUCAUAACUUAUAUUAGAUGAUUUUCAACAUUAAAGGGAUAGUUCAUACUCUUUUUUUAAAGUUGGGUUUUAUGUGGCACUUAUCCAUAGUCCGUGUUUUACCUUCAGAAGAUGGUAGUCAGCACUGCCCCAGUCUGGAGAAACCGACAGGAGGACCAGCACGGGAGCAAAGCAUGCAUUGCUGUGCACCAACUAAAGAAAGCAGUUUCAGCUGUAGUGUACGCUAGAUUUAGAGUUUAACUGCUUUAGCUUGCCGUCAGACAGUCCUCUCCAAGUUCUGUGCUCCCUUUAGUAAUAAAAACCCAGUAACUCUUACCUCGCAGGUCACGGCCAUAGACCAGCAAGUGUCUUGCGAGGUAAAAAUACUGUUUUUGUUAAUGGAGUCUUGCGGCUUUGAAGGGAACACAGAUUGAUAUAAUGGCUUCAAUUCCCUGCUGGCAAAGUAAAGCGCUGAAAAUAUUCUAAAAAUAGUGCACACUUAAAUUGAUAGAUUUUUUAUUUUAUUUUUUUUAAAUAGGUUUUGCUGCUGCCCCCAUCCACAGACCCCAUCCACCCACUCUUAAAAUAAGAGGGGUUGCUGUUUACGAUCCAAUCGGUGAUGUCACAGAAGUGCAGAGAGCCGUGUAACGAACCAGCUACAAGCUGCGGCUCGUCGAGAUGCAAACCUGCUUUCUUUUUUGUCCACUUGGUGGCAGCACAACAGGCCCCAAACACAACGUUGAGAUAUCAUUGUGUAAAGUUAAUAUUGUGAGUGUGUUGGCAAACAGCCGCCUGUUCACACACCCUGCAGAUACAGAGCAACAUCAGCAUUCAUUUGGACUCGUGUUUCCAGCCGCUUGACGAAUGUAAGUCCAGUAUUCACUCUGCUGUUAGCUCGGUCUGUAUGUCCACCAGCUAGCUGCUAACUUUGGCUGCAGUUGAUGAACUGCACGGUUGGGUUUUAACUCUCUUUAGGUUUGUUGCACGGUUACUCAUUUGAUCAUCAAUAAUAUGAUAAUAUUGACUAGUGCAGCUUCAAGGCCCAGUGGUAAUAACUUUGUUCCCAUGUACCAAAAGUUAUGUUUCCUUCUACAAGAGUUAAUUCAAAGUGAAGACGCAACUGAAAAUAUGAUACAUUUCCCAAAUAUGUUUGAAAAUAAUCCAAUAUGUAUAAUGUACCAUGUGCAUAUGUAUUUCUAGAUUGGGUUUGCCGCCAUCUGGUGGACGUCUUUGUCAGUGCAGUCAGUCACAGCAGGGUGAGCGCUUAAGCAGCAGGGCGAGCGCUUAAGAACAACUGCUUCAGCAACUUGCAAAUAUUGAGUGGAUGUGCGAGCAAAUCAAAGUGUGUUAGAGCUAAACAAAUCAACACAGAGAGGCGAUGUCAUUUCACUUUUACACCUGCAGUGUGUUGUGAAUAAAGCCCCACCUGAAAUUGGAAGGUUUAUUGGAGGUUUGAGCAGAAAGUAUAUGGAAAAGUAGCCCAAAGCUGAAAAUCAAACCAUGACCUGGCAUUUCUGUAGUUCCCUCUGAUUUAACUGUGACGCUUUAAACUGGUCCUCUUUUCCAUCAUUCGGGCCAAGCUGUCAAGUUCCCUAUAACUGAUUCAUAAUGAUGAUAUCAUGGUUUGAUGUGCCCCCCCCCUGCUGAUGGCUGCCAGCAACACAUGCCGUUUGUCUUGAGUUGUACUCAUGGGAGGGGGGGGGGGCAGGAAGAGAGAGGCAGGUGAGCUGAGCGGCGGAGGAACGACAGCGUUCAGGGAUCUUCAAGUGAUGAGAGGGGGAUGUGAGGGGAGGAGGUAGAGAGAGAGAGAGAGUGAAGAAGAUGGGGCGACGGCAGAAGAGGGGAGAGGGGAAGAGAGGGAAGGCUGGGAAAAGGAGGAGGGGACGAGUGCGCGUCGUGUCAGGAAAGACAUCAGUCACCAUUGCGAGCACCAUCCUCUCCCUCUGACCUAUUUUAUCCUCCAUCAGCAUGUUGAGCAAGGGAUGAGAGUAGGCUGAUGAAUAAUAGAG